CAGCCGUCGUUGACAGCAACGAUGACGUUCGCCACCGCACUCCUCGCCUUGAUAGGCUUCGUCGCCGCCUCCAGUGCCGCUCCACAGUUCAUGUUCCCUCCCAGAUGGCAUAUGCCACCUCCACCACCACCACCGUUCCAUCAUCCUAAACCAUGUUUCCAUCCCAUGCCAUCAGUGAUACAUGUACCUGUACCUGUGCAAGCACCCUCAACCGCUGCUCCUCCUAAACAAUUGCCUACUCUUGCGGAAUUGCAGAACAUGUUGAACUCAAUGAUAUCAUCCAUAUCAAACCUAGCAACUACAAUACAGCCUCCAAGUACGACGACUGCAGCUCCUUCAACGACACAAGCAGCUCCUACAACGACACAAGCAGCACCUUCUAAUGCUCUAUUGCAGAGCUUGUUGAAUGCUUUGAGAGAGUCAUUAACAACGACAACACCACGGGCUGCAGUGCCGACAACCACGCAGGCUCCGGUCACAACUGCUGCUCCUGCGCCUACACAAGCAAUACCUUCCAUUGCCGAUCUGCAAAAUUUGUUAAAUGCAUUGACAGGCGCAACAACAACAACAACACAGACUCCAGUUACAGUCUCAACAACCACGCAGGCUCCAACUGCUGCACCUGCUCCUGCAGUACCUUCUAUUGCUGAUCUGCAGAAUUUGAUAAAUGCAUUGACGGCUUCAGCAACUGCUGCGCCAACGGCUGCACCAGAUGCUGCACCUGCUGCUGCACCAGCUGCUGCACCUGCUGCUGCACCAGCUGCUGCACCUGCUGCUGCACCAGCUGCUGCACCUGCUGCUGCACCUGCUGCUGCACCAGAGGCUGCACCUGCUGCUGCACCUGCUGCUGCACAAGCUGCUGCACCUGCUGCUGCACCAGAGGCUGCACCUGCUGCUGCACCAGCUGCUGCACCUGCUGCUGCACCUGCUGCUGCACCAGAGGCUGCACCAGAGGCUGCACCUGCUGCUGCACCAGAGGCUGCACCUGCUGCUGCACCUGCUGCUGCACCUGCUGCUGCACCAGAGGCUGCACCUGCUGCUGCACCUGCUGCUGCACAAGCUGCUGCACCUGCUGCUGCACCAGAGGCUCCAGCUGUGCCAGCUGCUGCUCCAGCUGCUGCUCCAGCUGCAAAUCCAUAAGAACUUUCAACUCCUGCGAAACAGUCAUAUUGGCGGAAUUAUAUAACUUAUGUUGUAAAAGAAAAACGAUUAAAUAAGAUUCGUGAAAUGCAGAUGUUUAGACUUUAUAAUUUUUUAGUUAAUAUUUAAGAAAUAAGGUUCUACAAAAUGAAAUCAAGAAGUAAGUGUUGAAGCACUUAUUUUUUCACUGUGUGAAUACAAAAUUAGAUUCAACCUAGAAAUAUCACUUUAAAUUUGUUUUACAAAUAAUACGCUAAUUCUGGUGUAUGACAUUCCUUGAUUAAUAUACACAUUAUUAUUAUAGGAUUGUGUUUUUUCUGUUGUAUAUUACAUCUUUUUCAUUUUAA